AUGGCCGACGGCUUCAGCAACAUCCGCGUCUUUGUCCACUGGCGCGACCAGACCGUCUUCGCGGGCGAGGCGGUCCAAUGCACCCCGCCCUGCUCAUUCUCACAAAGGCCAUCCUCCUCUCCUUUCAACGCUUCGUAUCCCCCCGAUCGAUUUGGCCGCAUACCCGUUCCGAGGAGCCCUCAGUCUUCAACUCUAUCGGUACAGCGCAGGUCCUCCAAGGCCUUGGCCAGCCCCAUGCCCAGCCCCAUGCCCGACUUUCGGUUCCCCGCUGCGCCUGCGCCAGACUCGGAGACGGUUCCGAGCCCUCGAAAAGCGUCUGGCAACAGCAUGCUGAGCCCGAGAACAGGACCGGUUGACGGCAACAUCCCCAUACGCUCAAAGGAACAGCUUCCGCCUGUGCCCGACAGGCCAGUCCUUACCGCCCGCAUACUCUCCAGCACGAGCAUGGCUGGGGGGACUCCUCGAAGCAGCGGUGAAUUUUACUCCAUCAGCAACAACUCGUCCGAGACGUUGGCCUCGGAGUACGUAGCGCCGCCUCUGACGAGAGGUUCCGGGAGACCAUCGUACCCGCGCCGUGGCUCAGCCUUUUCUCCGCAUCAGUCGAGGACCGAGUCGCUGAUGAUGGGCUUUGCCCAAAUCCAAGGCUCCUUCUCGCUGGACGGGUCCCUCAUCAGCCUUGCGCCCUUUGAGCAAGUCAAGAAGAAGGCCGUUGUUGGCGGGCGAGGCGGUGGAGUGGUUGGACUCGACUCGGGACGUCGGGAGAAUGGCCUUUUACGCGGCUUUGGCUGGGGCAGCAUAAGUAAUUCUCUGGGCGAUUUCCUCGGUGGCGGAGAGCUGAGCACCAUCAAGGAGAUGCGUGGGGUUGCAAACUCAAAGGCCGUUCCGUUGCUCAGCACGCCACAGUCGAUCCUCUUCGUCGACCUGCAGCUGGCUCCUGGCGAGAGCCGUUCGUUCGAGUACACCUUCAAGCUCCCGAAAGGCUUGCCUCCUACGCAUAAGGGAAAGGCAAUCAAGAUUUCAUACAGCUUAGUUAUUGGCACUCAGAGACCAGGAGGUGCUAGAGAGCAGCAUGUCCGCACGGUCGAGGUGCCAUUCCGUGUCCUAGGCAGCGUCAACAGCCACGGUGAGAUUCUCGGACACGACCUCAUGAAUCCUUACAUCUUACUACGCGAUGAGGCUCUGGUCAAGAUGGUUGGGAAGCAGCAGAAGAGCCACGCAGAGCGCGAGGCGUCGGGAGGAUCUGCUGCCAUGAGCGACUUUUUAUCAUACGUCGACAGCCUGACGAAUCGGCCUGGCGACAAAACAGGGGGCUCACUGCUGUCCCCAACAGCGACUCCGGAUCUACGGCGGCUUUCGUCAUCUAGCUUUGAAGAGACGACCUCGGCCAAAGAAGCGAUUCGUCUCGCGAUCAUGAAGAGCAACCAGACGGGCCAAGGACAGCAGAGCGCCAGUCGCUUCGAGAUUGCGCGCAACGGGCAGAGGGUCGGCGUGGUGAUGCUGACUCGGCCUGCCUACCGCUUGGGAGAGGUUGUGACCAUGGUCAUUGACUUUGCCGAUGCCGACAUUCCCUGCUAUGCGGUCCAUGCGACGCUGGAGUCAUCUGAAAGAAUAGACUCGUCGCUAGCUCUGCGAUCCGACUCGAGCAUACAUAGAGUAACGCGCAAGGUGUACGUUGCCUCGUCCGAGUCCACGCUCUUCACACGGCGGGUGGUCUUCACCCCUACGAUACCCAUCUCAGCCACGCCCGAAUUCGUCACCAGCGGCGUCAGUUUCGAAUGGAAGAUCCGCGUCGAGUUCGUCGUGCCCUCACAGGGCCACGACGCGUCCAAGGGGCAGCAAACGCCGUAUCCGCUGCUGGAGCAGAUCUCGAGGGACGACAAGGGGGGCUUGGUCCUCGUGGCUGUCGAGAACCUGACGUGCGAGAGCUUCGACGUGCCCGUGCCUCUGCGCGUGUACGGAGCGGUCGGGACCGGGUUGGAGCGCUUGGAGAGGGACGAGGCGUCUGAGGAGGGGCUUAUUGUGUAG